AUGAAGUCCUCUAAAGCCCUUAGCAGGGCCAGGAAGGAAGCAUCUGCCCUUUCCAGGUCGAAACAACAGACUCAGUUGCUCGCGCGGGCAGCAUCAUCGUCAGCUUCGCUCACGACCAGCAUUCCAGCACCAACGAGCUCGCAGUCCCAACGACAAAGCCUCCUCCUUCCCUCCCACAGGGUAAACAACGCCCUCCGAACCUUCCCGUCCUACGCCACUCCUCUACGAACCACCCAAAGCAGACACUAUGCAUCGGCCCCCGACAGCCUCUCGACAGGCCCCCUCAGCAAGACGGCCCUCUACGACCUGCACCUCGCGCACGGCGCCAAGAUGGUGCCCUUCGGCGGCUUCGAGAUGCCGGUGCAAUACUCCGGGCUCGGCGUAAGCGCCUCGCACCACUUCACGCGCGAGAAGGCCUCGCUCUUCGACGUCGGCCACAUGGUGCAGCACCGGUUCGAGGGCCCCGGCGCAGCCGCAUUCCUGCAGCGCGUGACGCCAGGCAGCAUCGCAGCGCUGCCUGCGCACCAGAGCACGCUCAGCACGCUGCUGUGGCCCGGCUCGGGCGGCAUCGUCGACGAUACGGUGAUCACGCGCCUGGGACCUGAGCUGUUCUACGUCGUCACCAACGCCGCCUGUCGCGACAAGGACCUCAAGUACCUGGCGGAGCAGCUGGAGGCGUGGCGCAACGAGGCAGCGGAGGGCAAGGAGAAGGAGGUCCGACACGAGGUCCUCGAUGGCUGGGGCCUCGUGGCGCUGCAGGGCCCGCUCGCUGAGGACAUCCUCGCGGAGCUGCUGCUCGUGCCGGAGGAGGCGAAGCUGCGCGAGCUGUAUUUCGGGCAGAGCCGCUUCGUGAAGCUCAAGCUGCGCGGCAGCGAGCUCUCGCGCCCCGUGCUCGUCUCCCGCGGCGGUUACACGGGCGAGGACGGGUUCGAGAUCUCGAUCGCGCCCGAAGACACCGUGGCAAUCACCGAGGCGCUGCUGCAGACCGCGGGCCCGGAGCGACUGCAGCUCGCCGGUCUGGGCGCCAGGGACAGUCUGAGGCUCGAGGCUGGCAUGUGUCUGUACGGCCACGACCUGGACGACACCACGACGCCCGUCGAGGGCGCGCUGAGCUGGAUCAUCGGCAAGGACCGCCGCGACCCGGCCGCGGCCGACAAGUUCCACGGCGCCGACGCCAUCCUCGCGCAGCUGAAGUCCAAGAGCAAGGGCGGUCAGGGCGUCGAGCGGCGGCGCGUCGGCUUCGUCAUCGAGGGCGCGCCCGCGCGCGAGGGGGCCGAGAUCGUUGAUGGCGCUGACGGCGGCAAGAUCGGCGUCGUCACCAGCGGGUGUCCCAGCCCGACGCUGGGCAAGAACAUCGCCAUGGGCUACGUCAAGGAUGGGUCGCACAAGGCGGGCACCGAGGUCGAGGUUGUGGUGCGGGGCCGCAAGCGCAAGGCCGUCGUCACUAAGAUGCCGUUUGUGGCUACCAAGUACUGGAAGGGCACCGCACCGGCCUAG